AUGUGCGACCCUAACUACAGGAAGAACAUGACAGUGACACCUCGACCAGUGGACGCCUCCGGGAGCACAGUAGGAAUGGUGUCAUCACAGUCGGUUAUGCUGUGCGACAAGGAUUCACUGAGCGGGAGCGAGAUAAAUGACAGAGAAGUAUACUUGCAGACCUUUCGCGCCUUUGUCGUGAAAGAUAACAGCUCAAGAUAUGUCCGAGGGAUUCUCGACGGAGGCAGCCAGCGAUCCUUCGUCACGGAAGAACUCGUCAGAAAGUUACACCUGCAGGUACUAGGAGAAACACGGAUUGCACCGAACACGUUUGGCUGCGCAUCACCAAGUACUGCGGAAAGACGGAAGGUUGUAGAAGUUCCCCUGCGCAGCCAGCACUCUUCCGACACCCGCAUAGUGUGUGCAACUGUUGUCCCAGUUAUUUGUCACGACAUUGCUUCCCCGAAAGCUGACAGCCACUUCCUUCAACACCUGCGGCUCGAAGGGAAAUUCAUCGCGGACGAAAAGAAGUUCGGCGCAGAGACGGAAAAUGGCCUCAGCUUGUUGAUAGGAGCUCACCAUCUUUGGCAAGUAAUGUCUGGAGAAAUUGUAAAGAGCGCAGAAGUUCCAGGACUGGUAGCGAUCGACACAGCGUUUGGAUGGACGCUACAAGGGCCCAGUCAGCAAAAAGCCUUUCUGGACUGCGACUCCAGCCUCAUGGUCUGCAUUCUAAAAGUACAAGCAAUUGGUGAUGACGAAACAACGUCACAGAUCUUGCAAUCGUUUUGGCAACUAGGAGCCAUGGACAUUACAGAUUCGGGGGAAUCUCCGUCCCACGAGCCUGUUGCAGGAUUCCGUGGAUCGAUUAGCAAGAAAGACAACAGAUACACCGUGGCGUUGCCUUGGAAAGAAGAUAAGAAACCGCUCUUAGGAAACAACCGGGAAGUCGCGCUGUCACGUCUACAAAGACUAACACGGAGGCUAUCGACGAAGGAAGGACUGUUGCAGCUAUACGACAUAGUCAUCCGGCAAUAUCUGGAGUUGGGUCACGCUGAAGUGGUGCCUAAGGAUAGUCCUCUGGAUCGGGAUCGGGCCAUGUAUUAUAUGCCACAUCGCGAAGUCAUAAGGGAGGAAUCGUUAACUACCAAACUGCGGGUAGUGUUUGACGCAUCGUCACACACUCAAGGCGUACCAUCCCUUAACGAUUGCUUGGACAAAGGAGUGAACCUCAAUCCAGAAUUGUUGCUAGUCCUCCUUCGCUUUCGGUGGUUCCCGGUCACCAUAAACUCGGACAUCGAAAAAGCAUUCCUACAAAUUGAGAUCCAGGAGACUGACCGAGAUGCCUUCCAGUUUCUGUGGUUUGAUACUACUCACAUAAGCCAACACAGCAAGCUUGUCGAAUGGCGCAUGACACGGGUGCCGUUUGGAUCAACAUCAAGUCCCUUCUUGCUCAUGGAAACCAUACACUACCACUUGGAUAACGCGUGCGAAGAUAAAGCACUCGCUUCUACAUUGAAGAAGGCAUUUUAUGUCGACGAUUUAUUGGUGGGUGCGGAGACAUUCCAUGAAGGUCUGCGCAUCUAUGAACAGUCAAAGGCAAUCAUGAGAGAUGCAGGCAUGAACCUCAGAAAGUGGAAGACCAAUAACUAUCAGCUGCAGAACAUUUUCGACAACCAGGAGGAGCAAGUAGAAGGAGCAUCCAGAGAAGCAGCUGCGGUCUUGGGAAUGCAAUGGGAUAUAGAAAAGGACUACUUCAAGUUUUCUUCCAAAUUUGUGGCACAAUAUUUAGUCGCUGGCCAGCCCGACACGAAACGCCGUUCCUGGGAUGAUCAAUUACCCGAGGAGAUCAAGACGCCGUGGACAGCCUGGUGUGCGGACGUGAUUCAGCUUGACCACAUAAAGAUUCCGCGCUGCGUGAGAGACUGGCUUCAUGGAGCAGUGGAAGAGGCUGAACUGCACAUAUUCGUCGACGCCAGCCUGAAGGCUUAUGGAACAUGUGCCUAUUUGAGAGCAUUCGACGAAGAAUGGAACUCGGCUACUUCACUGUAG